CUUAGGAUCGGGGUCUGGUGAAGGGGCUGUCUGUAGGCGCCAUGUCGGGCCAUGAAGAUGGCAAAAAGAAGCCCCUGAAACAGCCCAAGAAGCAGGCCAAGGAGAUGGACGAGGAAGAUAAGGCUUUCAAGCAGAAACAGAAGGAGGAGCAGAAGAAACUUGAGGAGCUAAAAGCCAAGGCCGUGGGCAAGGGACCCCUGGCCACAGGUGGAAUUAAGAAAUCUGGCAAAAAGAAGCCCCUGAAACAGCCCAAGAAGCAGGCCAAGGAGAUGGAUGAGGAAGAUAAGGCUUUGAAGCAGAAACAGAAAGAGGAGCAGAAGAAACCCGAGGAGCUAAAAGCCAAGGCCGCGGGGAAGGGACCCCUGGCCACAGUGGAAUUAAGAAAUCUGGCAAAAAGUAAACUGUUCCUCAUAUCUGAGAUGAUGGCGGCCCUCUUCCGUUCCUAUUUAAACAUCUGGAUUCCUGGCCAUAACAUCUUUGCCUAGAAUGUAGUGUUAUCCCGGAGCCUGUUCAACAUCUGGAUUCCCUACUAUAACAUCUUUGCCACCUAAUAGUUAGAAUGAAGUGU